GGGCAAGCUGGGCCGGUAUCCUCCAUGGCCAGGAAAGAUUGUUAAUCCACCUAAAGAUCUGAAGAAACCUCGUGGAAAAAAGUGCUUCUUUGUGAAGUUUUUUGGAACAGAAGAUCAUGCUUGGAUCAAAGUGGAGCAGCUGAAGCCUUAUCACCCUCACAAAGAGGAAAUGAUAAAGAUUAACAAGGGUAAGCGCUUCCAGCAAGCUGUGGAUGCUGUAGAGGAGUUUCUUAGAAAAACCAAAGGCAAGGACCAGGCGUCUUCCCAUAACUCCAAUGAAGAGAAGAAUCGACGUAAUUCCAGUGAAGAAAGAGGCAAGCAAUCUGCUGGUGAAGAGAAACGCAAAGCCAGCUUGUCUGAAGGGAAGUUGAAGAAGGGCACAGGGGAAGGAAAAAAGAGGGUCUCUUCUGUAUCGUCAGAGAGAGGAUCAAAAUCACCUUUGAAAAGAGCCCAGGAUCAGAGCCCCCGAAAGCGGGGGCGUCCACCCAAGGAUGAGAAGGACCUCACAAUUCCAGAGUCAAGCACAGUGAAGAGAGUGAUGACUGGAACUGUGGCUGGAUUUAAAUGGCCGCCAAGUGUCAGUGAGCCUGUGAAGGACAGUGAUGCACACUUUCAUCACUUCCGGCUGAGCCAGACAGAGAAGCCAGCUGUCUGCUAUCAGGCGAUCACAAAGAAGCUGAAAGUUUGUGAAGAGGAAACAGGAUCCACCUCCAUCCAGGCAGCAGACAGCACAGCAGUCAAUGGCAGUAUCACGCCUACAGACAAAAAGAUAGGAUUUCUGGGACUUGGCCUGAUGGGAAGUGGCAUUGUUUCCAAUUUACUGAAGAUGGGUCACACUGUCACUGUCUGGAACCGGACUGCUGAGAAGUGUGAUUUGUUCAUCCAGGAGGGGGCACGGCUGGGAAGAACCCCCGCUGAAGUUGUCUCCACCUGUGACAUCACCUUUGCCUGUGUAUCAGAUCCAAAAGCAGCAAAGGAUCUGGUACUUGGUCCGAGUGGAGUGUUGCAGGGGAUUCGCCCAGGGAAGUGUUAUGUGGAUAUGUCCACUGUGGAUGCAGAUACAGUCACAGAGUUGGCCCAGGUGAUAGUGUCCCGGGGUGGUCGCUUUUUGGAAGCACCGGUCUCAGGAAAUCAGCAGCUAUCUAAUGAUGGGAUGCUUGUGAUCCUGGCAGCUGGCGACAGGGGUUUAUAUGAGGACUGCAGUAGCUGUUUCCAAGCGAUGGGGAAGACCUCUUUUUUUCUAGGUGAAGUAGGCAACGCUGCCAAGAUGAUGCUGAUUGUGAACAUGGUCCAAGGCAGCUUCAUGGCAACGAUAGCAGAAGGACUGACUUUGGCUCAAGUGACUGGCCAGUCCCAACAGACCCUUCUGGAUAUCCUCAAUCAGGGACAACUUGCCAGCAUCUUCCUGGACCAGAAGUGCCAAAAUAUCUUGCAAGGAAACUUCAAACCUGAUUUCUACCUGAAAUACAUACAGAAGGAUCUUAGAUUAGCUAUUGCACUGGGCGAUUCUGUCAACCACCCAACUCCCAUGGCAGCUGCUGCCAAUGAGGUCUAUAAACGAGCAAAAGCAUUGGACCAAUCAGACAACGACAUGUCUGCAGUGUACAGGGCCUACAUCCACUAGGCUGCACCAUUCUUACUGUUAAUACUAUGAUUAUUGAUUAAUAUUAUUAUGAUACUGGGUUUUAACUCUGGACCAGUCCAUCUCUGUCUCUCCAUUUCCUUUUAUACACAGACUUUGAGAUCUGCCAUGGAGGCAGCUGCUGCGGUGAGCCUUCCCCUGGUGGCAGAAGGGGGGGAGGAGGGGGCUCGGAUUGUUGCAGUCUAAUUAGAAAAAUCCAUGUCAUGCACUGACAGUCAUGGAACAGAACAGUGGCGGCUUGUUCAGAAGCUCUGAGGCAACUCUGCCAGAAAUCUGCUGCUUGGCUGCUUUUAUUUUCCUCUUUGUAUGCUUGUCCAAGAUGCUGUUUCUAAC